GCAAUCGUCAAGAAACACACAAACACAGAUUGAGAGGAGACGCGAGAGAGAGCGAGUCUACUUUCGUUCCCAAAUUUCUCCAUUCCUUCUUCAAAGGUCCAUCCAUGGCGUCAAAAUUGAUUCCUCUUCUUCUCCUCUUUCUUCUCCCCAUUCUCCUCUCAAUCUCCGCAGAUGCCCGCCCUUGCAAAUCGCUCUUCGUCUCCUUCUCCCUCCACCGUCACCGAACCCUCGAUUCCCGCGAUCCCUUCUCCGAAAUGGCCAUAAUCGUCGACAUCACCGAGUUGAAAUCCUCCUCCGCCUCGUCUUCCGAGGCGCUCUUCCACAGCGUCGCCCAAGACAUCCUCCAAUACGAUCUCGCUCGCCCGAGAGCUGUUGCGACCCAACCCCACCCUUUACAAGACUCGCCCUUGGGGUUUUCCUACGACUUCAGCUCUCUCCGUGAUCGCACCAAGGAUAUUCUCAGCGUAGUGGUGGCUCUGCUAUUCGGCGUCGGGUGUGGCGCUCUCACCGCUGCCACUAUGUAUUUGGCGUAUUCGUUGUGCGCCUCCCGCUUCGGCUACCGCUCCUCUGUGUAUGGGGACUUUGGUGAUGAGGAUGAUUACAGCGAUGAUAACAAAGAAAACAUCAAGAAGAUGGGUUACAUCAAGGUCCCCGACGAGGUUGCCCCUGUUAAGCCUGUGGUAUAACCAACUAUAGAUGUGUUCGGUAACUUUGGUUUGUUGAUCUUUGUUACAUGUGGUUUUUAUAAUAAAAAUUAUACUUAUGCCCGUUUACGGAUUGUAAUUGUCUAAGUCUCAAGCGUAACUUAUGAGAUAUUAUGUGAAAACUCUGUGCUUCAUUGCCCUUCUUCUUUGAAAACUGUGUUCGUGAACAUUAUGUUUCCUUGUCGGAUUUCAAUGGGGAUUUGUUAAUGUCUUGCAUUUA